AUGAAGCUCUCAGAUGCCCGCUUGGAUACUUUCGAAGGGGAGCUGAAUUCAAUGUUUCUCUAUCACGAACCUGGGACGAAGACCAGCGUGCCGGGAAAAAGGGCGCUUCGUUUCGAGCGACAUGUCCAAGUUGAUACGGAGUACGGUAAUAGAAUUGAUGGAACUGUCUAUGCUUUUUUCGGCGCCGGCGACACGGGCUCAAAGGGUGUCUUCGAGGGGUUUAAGAAUGUCGUUAAGGCUAGCCUUUCCACCAUCCUUGGAGACACCUCAGCUGGCGAGAGCUACGAUAAAUGCUUGGAGAUGAUCAUGAAAACGUGGAAUGCGCUUCAAGCCAUACACCCGUCGCCAACAGUCGGGAGACAAGCAAUUGACUACCCUUCGUUGGCUGUCCGGUCGGUUGGCCCCGUCGUUGGUUGGCAGUAG